UAUGUCAGCCGCUCUUUUAUAAACAUUUAACCAUUUAACAACAUGUCAAUGUUUAUAUUUGCGCGUUCAUUUUCAACAUCAUUAGCAAAACUAAAUAUUAUCAAACCCUCUCUUCAACUUUAUGGGCUAGAAGGGCGAUAUGCCCAUGCCUUAUAUUCUGCAGCACAUAAAGAUAAUAAGUUAGACAAUGUAGAAAAAGAAUUGAAAAAAUUUGGUGAUACUCUCCAUACCGAUAAUAAAAUAUCUUCAAUUGUAUUUAACCCUUUAAUCUCACGCAAACCUAAAAAAGAGUUUAUUGUGCUACUUUUGAAAAAAUUGGGCUUUUCAAAUAUGACGACUAAUUUUUUAAGUGUUGUAAUUGAAAAUGGAAGGUACAACAAAUUAUACAGCAUAAUAAAGGCAUUUGACACCUUAAUGUCAUCUCAUAGAGGGGAAAUUAAAGCUGAAGUUAUUACUGCACAUGGAUUAGAUAAAGAUAUGAUGAGAGAAGUGGAAUUAGCCUUGCAUGGAUUUAUCAAAAAGGGACAGUUAUUGAAGAUAACUACUAAGGUUGAUCCAAGCUUAAUAGGUGGCAUGAUCGUCAAAAUAGGAGAUAAAUAUGUUGACAUGUCGAUAGCUUCAAAACUCAACGCUUACAAGCAAUAUAUUCAACAACCCGUUUAAAUUUUUCGAUAAAGGAUGAGAUGAAUUUACACAAAAUUAUGUGUGAAUGUUUUAAACGUUUUAACCACUUUAGUUCAUUUUUUUUAAAAAAAACAAUACAAUAUUGUAUCAAAUUUGGGUUUGUAGCAUUGUUUUUUUUUU